AUGCGGGAUGGGUUUGGUAAUUGGUCCGGCAAGACUGCGCUGAAAUUGGAGUCCAGUAUUAUUGUCAGGGCGUCUGAGUGUAGUGGGAUGUCCAAUUGGUCAGACAUGUACAGUAAUUACAAUUCUUACGGAUCUUAUCCAUCAGAUGUGCUUAGUAAGUUUUGGUUCGGUUUCGGAUCAAGGAAGAAGUGAUUAGGAGGCUUUUCGGAUGUAAUCUUCAUUUAAUUGCUCAGACGAUGACGCCAAUGAGAAUCGUGGAGUCGGUCUGCUAACGGGUCAUGCUCGGAGUGUUGCGCAAGAGAGAAGACGGCAGGAGAACGAACAGUUCAAGAGAUUAUCACUUCUUUUGCCUGUUGCCAGAGCCAUAAGUGAGAAGCAUUUGGAUAAAGCCACUGUGGUCAGACUAGCCGGAACCUAUAUCAAACUGCAUCAUGCAGUCAAUCCGAUCAAACGGAGGCCUUUCAUUUCCCCUCUGAUCGAUGUCAACUUGAUAGACGUAAGUCCGUUCAUAUGAUGCAAGAAGAACAUGUGUCCAGAUUCUUGAUGGAUUUAUUUUCUGUCUGAGUUAUCACGGGGAUAUUCUUUAUGUGAGUGAAACCGUGAGUCUCCAUCUCGGGCUGAGUCAAGUCGAUCUCUGUGGCAACUCCAUCUAUUCCUAUGUUCAUCCAGAGGAUUCAAUGGUACUCAGAAGACAACUUAUACGAUCCCAGAAUUUGGAGUUAGACUGGUUUCUGAAUCUGCGAAUGAAAUCGACGUUGACCAAAAGGAGAAGUAAAGAAAGUCCAAAAUGUGCCUCAGGAUAUAAGGUUGGGAAAACAGAGACGGCAAUCUAAGAGUUCAGGUCAUCUCUCUGGAAGUAUAUCGCCGGUUGGACUCCUCCUUGUUGGCCUUCUGUCAGCCUCAUUCGGUGAAGAUUUCAAAUGGAAUAAAAUUAUCGAAAGACGCCCUUGUUGUUAAUUUAGAUGACCAAUUUAAAGUUCGUUAUUCUGAUAACCAGUACGUUAAUGGAACCAAAAACAUACAAUUUCAGCGAGACUCCGUUCAAGAUUACAUCAGGGAUUAGUCUCUACGGGAUUAUUCACCCGGCUGAUCUCGAUCUAAUCACCGAAAUGCAUAGACAAUGUAAGAUGAGUCAGAUCUUAUUGUUAUUUUAGUGAACAAACUGGGAUCAUACCGUACUCCAAUUGUACGUAUUACUUUCGACGGAAGAACUUAUAACUCAGAAGCAAGUCAAUCCAAUUAACAAAAGACUCUUCCAGAUAACAGCCAUCAAGUAUAACAACAGCACGCGAGAAGAUGACAAACACUUCAGAAUUACGAUGGUCAUAAUUAUAAUCAGCCCAUUAUAA